UAAGAUUGCUUCGCCAUGCUCUACGAAAGUAUAUGUAAACAUGGCUUCCAUUAGGAAACAGCAGUGCAGUUGCUUCUAUGCCAGCUAGCUAAAUUCAACGUGUUGCAAGACCUGUAACCAGUAUCUAGAUACUUUGCCGUAUUUCUGACUAGUAGGUUAGAAACCUUACGAGAGCAUAUUACAGAAAAGGAAUACAUAAAAAAGAUUUCACUUAUCGUCAGGCGAAAUGCAGCAGCCAUCGUCCAAUACUGCAGGUGACACCUUCGGACCUGGACCUUACAUACCACCGCUGCCAAUACAGCCAGGUGGUGAGAGCACGUGGGAUCCGUUGCAAAGGAACAUGCCAAUUGCAUCGUCUGGGACGUUGUGGCCACCUCCAUAUAUGCCACCACCACAACAAACUCCUCAUAAAGAAUGGACACCCGCCGCUCCAGGAUAUGGUGGUCAACCAUACGGAUAUAGGCCCCCCAUGCCAAUGCCACCGCCCAGAUUUGACGGUUACGGACCUCCAAGUGUAUCCCACGGCUUUGGCUUUGAUCACACUUUACCACCACCGGCCCUCCCCAGUCAUUCGGGACCGUGCCACUUCCCCCCAAUGAUGAGCGACCUUCAAAGACCUCCACACAUUGGAACCUCACAGUCCGACCCUAGCACUCUGGGUGGACCUGGGAGAGCGUGGGCAGGUACCAAUAUUCGAAUGACAUUUGAUCAACAGUCCACCUACCCCAGGACAGGCUCACUAGACAGCCAAUAUGUCUUUCACUCUAACAGUAGAGUAGACCAACCAGACCAUUGUUUUUCUGAAAAUCGUACACCCCUCCUUAAAUCCCCCUGUGGGGCUCCCCGGGGGAAAGAGCUCAAUUUUCCAGGCAAGACCAUGACUGCACAGCCUCUGGAUGAAGAAGCCCAUCAGAGGAUGCAGGAUGAGCAAUGGCUCCAACGUUUUUUGAGGAACAGAGUAAAGCAAACUAUCCAAACUCCAGAACCAAAGAAAUCAAAUUUAAAAGUAUCUGUCCCUCACGUAAGAGAUGCUAUCUACGGGGCAGUUGAGCUUGUCUCAAAGCUGUCCAUGGCAUGUGAAACAUUGAAAGGUAAUUUGGAGAAUGAUAGUGCUUGGGCAGACUCCUACACAGAAGCGUUGAAUGUGAAAAAGGACCUGCAAGAGAGACUGAAGAUGCUAAGUGAUCCUGAGUUUAUGGCAGGUCUAAAAAAGAAGCUGUCCUGCAUCAGCAAGAGGAGAACCAGACGCCAUCGAGGGAAACUGGUCAGCCUGGAAGAUAAACAGAUGAGAGAAGAACAGAUGGCUGAGAAAGAGGCAGCAAUAGACAAAUGGAGGAUGAAACGCAUACAAGAAGUGGAGGAGAAAAAGAGGGAGCAGGAGCUGAAGUUGGCAGCAGACGCGGUUCUCUCUGAAGUGAGGAAGAAGCAGGCAGAUGUAAAGAGAAUGCUGGACAUCCUCCGUUCUUUGGAGAAACUACGCAAACUCAGGAAAGAGGCAGCGUCUCGGAAGGGGAUCUUCCCAGAGCAGGAGGCCGAUCAGGUGUUUGACGGACAGGUGGAGCGACUCAGAGGGCUGAUAAAGAAGAGGACGGCCGUGUAUGCUGCAGAGGAGAACGCUCUGAGAGUCAUGCUGGAGGGAGAGCAGGAGGAGGAGCGGAAAAGAGACCUGGAGAAACGACAGAAGAAGGAGCAGGAGAAACUUGUGAAGAAGAAGCGGGAGAUGGAGGUCAUGCUCUUCGGAGAUGAGAUGCAUGUUGAGCACCCCUUACAGCCCUUCAGGGAGUACUACACCCAGGCCGAGCGUUCAGUACCAGCUUUGAUCCAGAUACGGAGAGAGUGGGAUAUGUGCCUUGUUCCUGUGGACUAUCCUGAUGGUACUGCAGUGCCCCAGACAUGGGUCCUCCCAGAGCCCCCGUCAGACGAGGUGUGGGCCACAGCCCUGGACAGAAACAGCCUCCCUGACUGAUGCUAUACAGCCACAGGGAGAGCUGACAAAGGGACUGGUCAUAACCCAGCCAUGUGCUUGUCAUUAAGACAAAAGGCAGAAUGCAGUUUUUUUUAUCUAACCCUUAUUUCUAGUGUUGUUAUGAUGCCAAAACAGGUGCAGUAAGGUGUUUAUUUUCACAGUUUCAUGUGAGUUGACAUGUAGGCUAUUAUUUCUUUUAAUUGUUAAUCCCUUUUGUAUUGUUCACUUUUUUUAUUUAGGCAUAGGGUAUUUGUAUAUGUGUAUAUAGUGUUUCUGUAUAUGUGUAAUGCUACAAUGCAAAUCUGUAUCAAGUACAAAUAAUAAAGUACUUCAAUGACUGAUU